AUGGACGAUUCUUCGCUUCGUGCUCAUGACAUUCUCUCGUCAUGUACGAGCAUGUAUGCCUUGAUUCCGUAUCCUCCGACAUCUUUUCAUAAUACAGUCAGUCAGAUGUCGCGAACGUGUCGAAUAUCCACUAUUUAUCCGCCUUCGGAGCCCUCUUCGACAACCUUCUAUCCUUCGGUUUCCACGAACGCAUCAUAUGCAAAGGUCACAACUUACUCCGCAUCCUCCUCUUACAAAAACACCGACGCCGGUUUGGUAACAAUUAGUUCGCCAGUGUGGCCGAGCGGACCCUUCCCAAACUCCUCCGAUAAAAUGAUCAUUGCUGCUAAGACUGAUUUGUUUUGUUUGUCGGAUAUACUCGGACCGAUCGUUGCAAGCACGUGCGGGAUCAACCGUGGCUUCAACGUUGCCUACGCUUACGGCGUUACCCAGUCAUCAUCGACGCCUAAACUGAAGGGUCAUGCGUAUUCAACUAUUUGUGAACCUGACUCGGACGAAGUAACAUGGUCGGCUCAAUGGAUUCGGGGGCGACCCUCGCCGCCUUACGCUCGACAUACAUGCACUGUCUCUCAGCCUCAGUUGAUAUCAAAGUACCGGAGCAAUCAUCUCUUCAACACCGGUUGA